AUGAUUCCACAUAUCUUCAUCACCGGUGCAACAGGAUAUGUUGGAGGAGACUUUCUCCACGUCAUUACAGCAGCCCACCCAGAAUGGAAGAUUUCAGCAUUGGUUAGAAACAGCGAGAAGGCUGCCAAGCUUAUCAGCGAGUAUCCAACAAUUCGCAUCGUCGCUGGUGACUUUGACUCAGUCAGCCUUAUUGAGGAGGAAGUGAAGGAUGCCGAUAUUGUUUUCCAAAUUGCGGAUUGUGAUCACACUGGAGUCGCAAGUGCUAUAGCAAAAGGAGCGACACAUCAUACCACCGACCGCCCAUGCUGGGUGAUUCAUGCUUCGGGAACAGCAAGUUUUAUCUUUGAAGAUAUGCGAGAGAAAACCUGUGGGAUCGAAAGAACAAAGGAAUACAACGACUGGGACGGGUUGCACGAACUGCUCAAUUUGCCCGACGAUGCGUGUCACAGAGAUGUCGAAAAGAUCAUCCUUGCAGCCGGUCAAAUGGAUCCACAGCGCAUUAAGACGGCUAUUCUGUCUCCUCCAACUGUUCAUGUCCACGACCUCAGCGAUUUGUUCCUUUUGUUGGGUGAGGCUGCGGCUGCUGGAGGUGGAAAUGCCACUUGGGGAAAUGAAGGCUACUAUUUGUCGGAGAUGGGUUCAUAUGCCUGGGGAGAUGUCUCAAGAGCCAUUGCACAAGUCGCUUGCGAGAAAGGUUAUAUUCCGACUGCUGAGGUCACGAAUCUUGAAGAGAAUGAACCUGUGGGAGAGACUUUGGGUUAUGGCUCGCUGAUGUGGGGAUCAAACAGUAGAGGAACUUCAAUUCGAGCCAGGAAACUGCUUGGAUGGACACCUAAACGGCCCACCCUACUGGAGGAGAUUCCUGGAAUUGUAGAUGGACAAGCCCGGGCAUUGGGGAUAGCAGCCCUGGGAGGUUUCAAGAGUCUUACUAGCAGCGAUGCGUUGAUGAGCGUGGGCCUCGGUGUGGCGCUCUAA